AUGCCGCGCAAGACAGCCGCCGGCCGUAAAGCCGAGGCCGCGCCGACCGUCGCCGCCUCCAAGGCGCAGUACGAGACGGAGCUGCGCUCCCUCGCCCGCAAGGCCCAAACGGACGGGUCGCGGUUCGCCCGGCUCACUGCGCAGCUGCGCCAGGUCCGCCACGCCAUCACUUACCUUUUCUUCGCCGGCUUCUUCGCGCACGCCUCCCAGCUGGCGCUGGCGCCCGUCUACGGGAGCAUCCCCGCGUCCACCCACCAUCUGCGCGUGCUCGCCGCGGCCGCGUUUGCCGGCUGGGCGGGCAAUCUCUUCCUGGCCCAGGCGCUGGACCGGCGCGGGCUGUCGGCGGGCCGGCUGCUACCCGUCGCGGCGCUGUGGGCGCCGGCCGUACAGUAUUUCCUGGAGCCGCACAGCGCGGUACUGGGGCCGGGCUGGGGCCCCGUGCUGGUUGAGUCGCUGACGGUGGUGCCGGUCGUGCUCCUGGCGGCGGCGUGCGCGGCGGACGCGCUCGAGGGGGUGGCGUUGCCGUUGCUGCCGCGGUUCGUGGCGGACUCGCUGCCCGGGAUGGGCUCUUGGGCGCUGCUGGUGGCGUUCGAGAACCUCGCGAAGGAGUACGUUCUACGGUUUGCGGGCCGCGGCGCGGGCUCGGCGGCGACGUUUGCGCUCACGCGCGUUGGCAUGCAGCUGUCGCUGGGCGGCAUGAUGGCCGCUCUCGCGCCGUCCCUGUGGCUGCUGCUCGCGGCGCCGGCGCUGGUUCACACGGCCUGGUUCAAUCCGCACACGCCGACGCCGCACGCCGACGCGCGGCUCAACGCCACGCUGCAGACGCACGACUGGCUGCUGCUGGACCGGCGCGAGUCGAAUACCGGGUACGUGUCGGUGCUGGAGAGCCUGCAGGGCGGGUUCCGCGUCCUGCGCUGCGACCACAGCCUGCUAGGUGGCGAGUACACGGAUCCGGCGGUCACGGGCAGCCUCGUGGCCGAGCCCAUUUACGGCGUGUUUGCCAUGCUCGAGGCCGUGCGGCUGAUGCAGACGGAGACGACGGUGUCGGACCGCGAAGCCAAGGCGCUCGUCAUCGGCCUGGGCAUCGGAACCACGCCCUCGGCCCUGGUGGCGCACGGUAUCGAUACCACCGUGGUCGAAAUUGACCCCGUUGUGCACGCAUUUGCGAAAAAGUACUUUGCCCUGCGCGAGAAUAACGAGCCGGUCCUGGCCGACGCUGGUCGGUACGCGCGCAGGCUGGCGGCUGACGACGACGGCGCGCGCUUCGACUACAUUGUGCACGACGUCUUCACCGGCGGUGCCGAGCCCGUGGACCUGUUUACGCUCGAGUUUCUGCAGCAGCUGCACACGCUGCUCAAGCCCCACGGCGCCAUUGCCAUUAACUACGCUGGCGACCUGGCCCUGCCCGGCCCGCGCGCCAUUGUCCGUACCAUUGGCGCCGUGUUCCCGUCGUGCCGCAUCUUUCGCGAGUUUCCCGCCGACCCCGCGGCGACGCACGACGGUGGCCGCACCGACUUCACCAACAUGGUCAUCUUUUGCAAGAAGACGCCCGGUGCGCUAACGUUUCGCGCGGCGACGGACGCGGACCGGCUCGACAGCUUUGCGCGUCGCGAGUUUUUGGAGCCGACGCACGAGGUGCACGCGGUGGACUUUUUGGCGGCGGAUGAGGGGGCCGGGGACGUGAAGCUGCUCAGGGCGAAUGAUACGGAUGUGGUGACGCAGUCGCACAAGACGAGCGCCAAGGGCCACUGGGCGAUUAUGAGGACGGUGCUGCCGGGCGUGGUGUGGGAGAAGUGGUAG